AUGGCAGCCGACCGAGAAGAGGUCGGACAAGACAUCACUUUUAAUUCAAUCGUAUUUCUACACCAAAAAUAUUUAACCUGUUUCUAUACCAAUGCUCAAGGACUCUUCAGCAAAUUUCCAGAGCUGAAUUUUCGAUUCAUAUCAGGUCAAUGGGAUAUUAUUGCUGUUACAGAAACGUGGCUUACAGCUGAUAUUCCGGACUCCGAAUUGUCCUUACCAGGAAUGUCUCUGCUCAGAUGCGAUCGUCCUACCCGUGGCGGUGGUGUUCUACUCUAUUAUCGUAAAGACCUUGAUUGCGAGCAAAUCCAUCCUCCAGUUUCGACUCCUAACACUCUGUGGUGUAGGCUGAGACUGUCCAAACACGAUGGUUGUUUGAUUGGUGUCAUCUAUCGCCCUCCGUCGGCCACGGAAUCAGCCAAUAUGACCCUUUUGAACACUAUGUUACACAUUCUCGCAAAAAGAUUCACACAUGUUUUGCUAAUGGGUGAUUUCAACUGUCCAAACCUCGGCAAACCAAUGACUUCUCAUCCCUUAUUCGGACAGCAAUUCAUAAAGCUGAUUGCCUCACAACCACUGUACAACCACGUGAAAGAGCAUAUCAGAUUCGGAAACUUGCAAUCACCAUCCAUCCUGGAUUUAGUGUUGACAAACGAAGAGUUGAUGAUAGAAUCUGUUGCCGUUACGACCCCUCUGGGACGCAGUGACCAUGCUGUACUGUUGUUCAAAUAUAUUUGUUACGCUUCUGUCAAAGCAAUCAACCCAAAAAACGUUCGCACAUUCAUAGACUAUGCAAAGUUGGAGAGCUUGGCUCCUUCCAUUCAGUGGAUAUCUCAUAGGGAAGAGUACAACCAUUUAUCCUUGUGGCACGAAUUCACUGACAGUCUGUAA